AUGGCCUACGUCGCCCCCGUCCACAAGCCCACCAGCAUCCGCCAUGCACUGCGCAUCCGUUUCCUGUCCCCCAAUCACGAGGACCUCGUGCUGGCCAAGGCCAAUCGCCUCGAGAUAUGGCGCCUCACCGACGACGGCAUGACGUGCCUACACACCAAGCUCAUCUACGGCAUCAUCUCCAUGCUCCAGCGGCUGCGGCCCAAGGACCACGACAUGGACCUGCUCUUCAUCGCCACUGACCGCCUGCAGUACUUCAACGUGGCCUGGAACCCCGACACCAGCCAGCUCGACACGGUCGAGCAGACGAUAGAGGACACGGCUGAGCACUACAUGCGCCACUCGCAGAGCCAGAACAAGUGCCUCGUCGACCCCUCGGCCAAGUUCAUGGCCAUGCACCUCUGGGAGGGCCUCUUGAACGUCUUCCGCCUGCCCUCGCGCAAGGGCGCCACCACCAAGCUCGUCGCCCUCGACCAGGUCCGCCUCACCGAGGUGUGGAUGAAGGCCAGCACUUUCCUGCACAGCCGCACCGGACACCCGCGCAUCGCCUUUCUCUACAAGACGCAGCUCGUGUCGUUCUGA